GUCAAUCCAGUUUAUUUCAGGGGACCUGAGGAAGGAGAAGCCAAAUAUAAUGGAGUAGAAGAUAAACGCUGUCUAGGAGAAGAAACGCACCGAUACAAAUACAACUCAAGGGCGCAGAAAUAUCGAUCGAUAUACAACACAGAAGAAGCAAAUAUGAGAGCUCAAACGGAGAGGGGCAGCCCGAUGGAGGCGAACCCUCGAAGAAUCGUCUAUAUAAACAGCCCCUCUUCCGAUAACCCCUUCCAGAUCCGACCCUCUUUUCUCGCCUCUCUCCUUCAGUUUCUCCAGAGGCCUCACUCUCUUCCCUUCCUUCUCAGCCUUUUUCUCUUCAUCACUUGGAUCUCUAUCCGCUUUCAGCGCGUUUCCCAAUUCCCACCUUCCUCCAUCGGAACCGCCGCGGAUUGGAGCGUCGCCGACGAUAUGAAGGCCAAUUUGGUUAGGCUUAGCUCCGGGUUCCCUUCCCAAAUUGCUAAAGAUAAGCGUGGCUGGUUGCUUGAUCCCGUUUCUCUGGCCCUUGCUUCGGGCAUUUCUGGUGGAGCUGUCUCUUGCGCUUCAGUUCAUGUUGGAGAAAUUCGUCCAGGCAAGGUAAGAGGAAAUCACAGACAUCACAAUUGCAACGAGACAUUUGUCAUCUGGGGUGCUGCAACAAAAUUUAGGGUGAAAAAAACAAGGUUUGUUAAUGCAGAUUCCCUGCACCUUGCAAUGUUGGAGAACAACAAGGUGGCCGACAAGGGUCAUGCUGAAGUGAUUGUUGGUGCUGAUGAGGUUGCUGUUGCUGCCAGCCCCAGUAGCACGGCCCAUGCAUUAGUGAACAUAGAUCCGAUUAGGAGUACAUUCUUUUUAGGAUGCCAGGACAGUAUAAUCAACUACAAUGGCACAAGUAAUGACUACAACGUUUGGAAAGAUCUUUAAAUAUGCUGCUGUACAGACUUUCCCAACCCUUCUCUUCUGAAGGAAUAUGAAAUAUAUCUGAGGCUUCCUAUUGUUAGGCUAUUCUUUUGCAGUAUAUGGCAAUUUUUUAGGCAUCUAUGUACAAAAGGUUUGUUUAGUCGCAUACUGUCUUGAUGAAUGUAGUUCUUUGUUAAUGAUAAAGAAUAAAGGAAAAGGAAGAAAAAGGUAAAAAGAUAGGCCUGUUCCUGUU